AUGAGAUGGCGCCAGUACAAGAUCGCAUUUACUGCAGAUAUCGAGAAGAUGUUCAGGCAGAUAUGGGUCCAACCAGAAUAUCAAUGUUAUCAAAAAAUCAUGUGGCGCGAUGAAGCGUCAGACAUAUUACAAGAGUAUCAACUUACUACGGUAACGUACGGCACCAAGGCCGCGCCGUUCCUUGCAAUGAUGACUUUGCGUCAGCUGGCUGAGGACGAAAAACAAGCUUUUCCUGAAGCUGCCAACAUCGUUAAAACUUGUUUCUACAUGGAUGACCUUCUCCACGGUGCUCAUUCAAUACAGUCAGCAAAACAAAUCAAACAAGAUCUUAUCAAGUUAUUGAAGAAAGGUGGAUUAAAUCUGAGAAAAUGGAACUCAAAUUAUCAAGAAUUACUACAGGAAAACACAGAAUUUAAUAACCAAGAAAACUAUAUUUUCCACCAACUUGAGUCAAGUAAAACCCUAGGAGUGCAUUGGAAACCAAAACAAGAUGUAUUUAUUUUUGAAUCGAAAAUUGAGCCAAAUUUUGAAGACAAGAUAAGAAAUACAAAACGAAAACUUUUGUAUGACAUAUCACGCUUAUUCGACCCAUUAGGCUGGAUCACGCCGUUGUCCACCAAACUCAAAAUUCUAUUUCAACGUCUCUGGAACUUAGACAUUAAAUGGGAUGACGAGAUUCCAAGAUCCAUUAACUCUGAAUGGUUGAAAAUCCAAGAAGAUAUGCCAAACAUAAAUAAAAUAAAAAUACCUAGAUGGUUAGGUACAAAGGCCGUCUCGGAUAUUGAAUUACACGGCUUCUGUGACGCAUCGCAAAAGGCAUACGCGUGCGUCAUAUAUUGUAAAAUAUUUAAAAAGGGAGAGCCUAAAAUUUCAUUGGUUGCUGGAAAGUCGAAAUUAGUACCUCGCAAUAAACAAACUACCUUACCAAGAUUGGAGCUGUGCGGUGCACAUCUUUUGUCCAAAUUGAUGCUCAAGGCAAAAGAAUGUCUAUCUGACCACGACAUGAAGAUUUACGGCUGGGUCGAUUCCACAGCUGUGUUGGGGUGGCUACAAGGCAACCCGGAUAGAUGGACAACAUUUGUAGCUAACAGAGUGCGUCAAAUAACAAACGUCAUUCCGCCAUCAAGUUGGCAUUAUAUCAAGUCUACCAACAACCCAGCUGACUGUGCUAGCCGUGGGUUAACGGUAACACAGUUAAUCAACCACCCCCUAUGGUGGCAAGCACCGUCAUGGUUAUUAACAUACGAAAACAAAACCAAUAAAUCGCCUAUGCUUUAUAUGACCAAUGAAGAAGAAAAACAGGUUAAUAAAGUUUGUCACGUCGCGAAGCAAGAAAAAAGUAUUGAAGAAGAGCUGCUCUGCCAGUUUAGGUCAUUCUCAAAAGUUAUCCGCGUCCUAGCAUGGGUACGCCGAUUUUUAAGAAGAAGUCAUCAAGAAAGUUAUCUUACGCUCACGGAGUUGAGGGAAGCUAAGAUCAAGAUUAUCAAGAGAAUACAAGAGAUUGAAUUUAGUGAAGAAAUUACAAGUUUAAAAGACAGUCAGAGAUUAACAUCAAGAAGUAAACUAUUGAAUCUGACACCCUUUCUAGAUGAACAAGGAGUACUAAGAGUGGGUGGAAGAUUAAAAAAUGCCAGAAUUAGUGCGGAUAUGAAAAAUCCAAUUAUUAUUCCGUACGCAAGUCGAUUGACUCAAUUAAUUAUUGAUGACGCUUAUAAAGUCACGUUACAUGGCGGGGCACGUGUAACAUUAGCGCUAAUUAGACAAAAAUAUUGGCUAAUAAGUGGCAACAGGGCUACGAAAAAACACAUUCGCCAGUGUGUUACUUGCAAAAAACAUAAUCCCCGUCUUCAAGAACAAAUAAUGGGAGAUUUACCGAGUCCAAGGGUCAAUCCUUCUCGCCCAUUUCAACAUACGGGUGUCGAUUACACUGGACAUAUUCUCGUCAAAGCCAAUAAGGGUCGCGGAAUAAAAACCAGCAAGGGAUACGUUGCGGUGUUCGUCUGUAUGGCGACGAAAGCCGUCCACCUGGAAUUAGUCUCGGACCUGUCGACGUCAGCAUUCAUUGCAGUUCUACGCAGGAUGGCCGCGCGAUGGGGUACACCAAGUCACUUGUACAGUGAUAACGGGACGAAUUUCGUGGGAGCAAACCGGAUAUUACAAGAAGAGUAUCAAGAAAUUCUGCAAGUCUUCAAUGAUGAUUUUGUGGGUUCUCUCACGGGCAUGAAGAUAACAUGGCAUUUCAAUUCCCCAGCAUGGCCAUCAGCCGGUGGUUUAUUUGAGGCAGCCGUCAAGAGCUUCAAAUUUCACUUCAAAAGAGUCGUUGGUGAGCAAAGACUCACAUUUGAGGAGUAUUCUACUCUGCUCACACAGAUAGAGGCAUGCAUGAACUCAAGACCUCUAUGUGCCCUCUCAGAAGAUCCUGAAGAUUUCGACUAUCUCACCCCAGCUCACUUUUUGAGUGGAGGUCCAACACUCACAUUAAUUGAGACGGAAAGAGACAUGCGAACACGCUGGCACUUGACUCAAAAGAUAUAUCAAGACAUCUGGAAGCGCUGGCGAGCUGAAUACCUCACUCAGUUGACAUCAAGGUCUAAGUGGAGAUACCCAAGAAAAAAUAUCCAAAUCAAUGAUGUAGUUCUUAUACAUGAAGUGAAGUGA